UCACAAAGAAAGUAUUCUCCAUAGUCAACACACGAGCAGAUCUCCACCGGCUCAGUGAAAGCCAGAUACAUUGUUCUGUGCAAGAAUGAAGACUUUGCAGACUACUUUUUUCUUGUUUGUGUUUGUACCUUUGGUAAAUUCAGCACCACCUAUACAGCAAGAAUCACUCCAGUUUUAUGAGUAUGAUACAGAUGUUACCAUGGGAAGCCUGAUCCAACAAGAUUAUGAAAUGCAAUCCAAGGAUAUAAGAAAGGAUGGAACAAAUGUUUCUCUUGACACGUCCCUAAGACUGCAAGGGGAUGACAGCGAACGCGAUGUACCACCAACAAAGGAUACAAAUUUACCUACUUGUCUGCUCUGUGUGUGUUUAAGCGGAUCAGUGUACUGUGAGGAAAUAGACAUCGAAGCUGUACCCCCACUGCCAAAGGAAACAGCAUAUCUUUAUGCACGAUUUAACAAAAUAAAAAGGAUAGCAGUCUCAGAUUUUGCUGACAUUACUACCUUGAGAAGAAUUGAUUUUAGUGGAAACAGGAUAGAAGAAAUAGAAGAUGGAGCCUUUUCAAAGCUUCUGUUAUUGGAAGAACUUUCUCUUGCUGAAAAUCGACUUAUAAAACUUCCUGUUCUACCUCCCAAACUAACAACAUUUAAUGCAAACCAAAACAGAAUCAAGAGCAGAGGAAUCAAAGCAAAUGCCUUCAAGAAGCUGACAAAUCUGGCCUACCUCUACUUAGGACAUAACGCACUGGAAUCUGUUCCCCUUAACUUACCAGAAAGUCUGCGUAUUCUUCACCUUCAGUACAACAAUAUUACUACAAUCACCGAUGACACAUUCUGCAAAUCUAAUAACACGCGUUACAUCCGCACACAUAUGGAUGAGAUAAGGAUGGAAGGCAAUCCGAUCCUCUUGGCAAAGCAUGUUAAUGCUUUUUCCUGCUUGAGAACACUGCCUGUUGGAACAUACUACUAGCCACUACUUACGUAAUUAUACAUGCCAAAACUUAAAUAUGGUAACAGAAGAUGAUUCUUUUUCCUCUGUUUACACGUUUAUAUCCUCUCCCUUACUAAUGCCGUUUUCCCUGCAUACACAGAACCUUUUACUAUGUUGAAAUGUGGUUCUCCUCCAAAAUAACUAUUUCAAAACAGCCACUUUAUUUAGUAGUUACAAUGUCACCCAUGCUUUCAGAAUCUUUCCUGUUAAUGAAAGUGUAAAAAUACAUAUAUGCACACACAUA